GCAAAGGAUAAUAGCAUCACAAUCUAUACUUUUCAAAUCUCAGGAUUUUAUUCAAGAUUAUUAGUAUCUAACUCUGAGCUUCCUAGCUUAGCUUCAGACGCUUUAAGCAGCAUUAAAGACCUGCAGCUUAUCAACAGCCUAAGCAUGCUAGAAUUCAUGUCCCACCUACAUUUACCCUCUUUACAGAGAUUUACUCUGGAAAGCUGCUGGCUCUGGAUACCAGAACUUGAAUAA